AAGGGCAUGGAAAUAUCAAUAGGACCAGAUAACCUUUCCAAAAUGGACUUCAUUAAAGAGGGGUGGAGAAGACAAGGAGAAAAUCAACCUCACAGGGGUGCUAAAAGUGAUGAACGUUUUAAAAUUUUUACUGCAGGGGAAUUUACACUGUCUCCAGAACUUCCAGAGGGACAAGAAAACUGGUUCUCAAUAGACAUGGAACAAUUUGAGGCAAUGCCAAUUAAAGUUAAGCUAAAGAAGGACAUUAUCAAUGUUUUCCACAGACAAAGUACAACAGAACCUGCACUAUCAUCUUCAUAAAAAUAGGAUGCAUAUCUAUAUUACCAGUAGCAUUUGAGUUUCCCAUGUUUCGCCUGGCGUCCCUUCCCACCAUCAG